AUGGCCAAUGGCUAUGCAGAGGGUGAGGCACCCAUCUUGCAGGUCCGGCAGGAUGCUGGUAAGAGGGCGGGACGAUGGGGUGGAGCUUCCAGAACAAAGGAGAAUGAGGAGCCCUGGGGGCCCAGGCUGGCCAUCAAAAAGGCUCUGCAGCGUGAGCAGGCCACAGACAGCUCUGCACCCAGCAGCCAGCCUGCACCUGCUUCCUUCUGCUUGCCCAGGCUGGGCAAGAACACAGCACUGCCAAGAGAGACCUGGUGCUCCAGCGUGAUUGCGCCCACACUGUUCUGUGGCUUUCUCUUGGUGUGGGUUGCUGCCGAGCUUCCAGAAGUGAGCAGGAGGAUGGCUGUGAGUGGAUCCAGGAGCCAGGUGCACGCCUUCACCCCAGAACCUUUCGAUGGAGCCAACAUAGCCCCAAGCCUCUGGAUGCACCGCUUUGAAGUCAUUGACAACCUCAACCACUGGGACCAUGCCACCAAGAUGAGGUUCCUGAAAGAGUCGCUCAGGGGAGAUGCCCUGGAGGUGUACCAGGGACUCAGUGUCCAGGCCCAGGACGACUUUAAGACUGUGAAGGAGACCCUCCUGAAGGCCUUCAGGGACCCUAGGGCCUCCCACAGCUUCCAGCCCAAGGAGAUUCUGUUUGCCAACAGCAUGGGUAAGGGUUACUACCUCAAGGGGAAGAUUGGCAAAGUGCCUGUGAGAUUCCUGGUGGACUCUGGGGCCCAGGUGUCCGUGGUCCAUCCGAGUUUGUGGGAGGAGGUCACAGACGGUGAUCUGGAUACCCUGCGGCCCUUUGAGAACGUGGUCAAAGUGGCCAAUGGGGCAGAGAUGAAGAUCCUGGGCGUGUGGGACACAGUGGUGUCCCUAGGCAAACUGAAGCUUAAGGCAGAGUUCCUGGUGGCCAAUGCAAGUGCUGAAGAGGCCAUCAUCGGCACCGAUGUGCUACAGGACCAUAAUGCAGUGCUGGACUUUGAGCAUCGCACCUGCACCCUGAAGGGGAAGAAGUUCCGCCUGCUGCCGGUUGGCGGCUCCCUGGAGGAUGAAUUUGAUCUGGAGCUCAUUGAGGAAGAAUCCUCUGGGGAGCAGCUCUCCUUCUAA